UGGAGAGAGAUAUACAGAGAGUCUGGGAGGGGAGGGAGAGAGGGAGGGAGAGAGGGAGAGAGAGGUGGACAGGAGACCUGCUCUGUGGAGAGAGAGAAGCACUCUGCAAGCGUACAGCCUGAAUGGAAGUUAGACUGGUAGGAGGGGCUGGAGGAGAGAGCGAGAGAGAGAGAGAGAGAGAGAGAGGUGCUGAGGGAAAGGGAGUGAGAGAGAGAGAGAGAAAUGCCCUUCUCAAUCCCCCCACCCCUUCAUUCUGACACACACAAGCAAACAAAACACACACACUCACAGAGAGAGAGAAAGAGAGAGAGAGAGAGAGACACGCACACUGUAGAGCAUCAAAGGAGACUGUUAGCUGAGGAGAUUCCAUGUGGGGGCUUGCAGAGGAUACAUAAGCACUUUAUCUCCAGAGAGGUACUAAAAGUUCCUGAGUGGAUUUUACACAACUGGGGAAAGAAGAAGCGCGUGAGAGAGAGAGAGCGAGAGCGAGAGCGACUCCUUGUAGGAGACAGGAGCAAGGAGGCAGGGUGAGAGGUGACGGCUCUCCCCCCCCAUCGCAGGCGCCCCCGCGUUAUGGAUGUUGACACAUUCCUGUCGGACACGAGGGGAGCCCACUUCAGCGCCAGUGUAGGAACAAGCCACCGUGUCUGCAUCUGCGUCAUCCGCCGCGACGGCCGUCCCGCGCCAAGCCUCCUCCGGCCGCAGUCUCGGUCCUCGGCCACCGCCACCGCCGCCACCGCCGCCACCGCCGCCGCCACCGUUCACCCAUCCAGCUCUCCAGCAUGGUCCUUUCUGUGAGGCUCUUCCCAGUCCUCCUCCACGCUCCAGUACAAUGUGCAGAUGGAAAGUGACUAAAGGUGUCGUCGCCUGCUCUGGUCCGCUGUCCUGCCUCUUCUCCUCUUCAUCAUCACCAUCACCAUCAUCUUCUUCUUCUUCUUCUUCGUCGUCCUCCUCCUCCUCUACCUCCGUCCUGCUGCUGCUGCUGCUGUUCCUGGUCCUGUGCGCGCUGCCCGCUGCCUCUUGCCACGAUGGCCACCGGUCCACGCGACCGCCCCGGAGCCCUGGCAACCACAACAGCAGCAGCGGUUCAUCCUCUGCGACGGCAGUGGUGGGCAGGCAUGUACGCAGCUACGACCAUCUGCAGGGGGACGUCCGCAGGAGGAAGCUCUUCUCCUACCAGAAGUACUUUCUCAGGAUUGAUAAAAACGGGAAAGUCAACGGGACCAAGAACGACAAGGACCCGUUCACUAUAUUUGAAAUCAAGUCGGUGGACGUUGGCAUUGUGGCAAUACGAGGGCUCCUCAGCAAACACUACCUGGCUCUCAACAAGAAGGGCGUUCUCUAUGGCGCGAAGGAGUUCGGUACGGAUUGCAAGUUGACAGAGCGCAUCGAGGAGAACAAGUACAACACGUACGCGUCGGCCGAGUGGAGGAACAAGAAGAAGGCCAUGUUCGUGGGCCUGAGCGCCAGCGGCAAGCCCAUGCGGGGCAAGAAGACCCGCAGGAAGAACACGGCCACGCACUUCCUCCCCAUGCUUGUGGACCCCCAGCCGUAGGGGCCCCCGCCGUAGGGGACCUCGCCGUUCACACGAAAAAAAAACACCCAACUGCACUGAGACACAAGACUUACAAUCAUCAACAGUCAUAAGAAUUAUAGUGAUAUGAACAGACUUGUUCUGAGAGAUUUUUUUUGUUUUGUUUUGUUUUGUGGAAAAUAGAAAAAAAAAGAUGGCACUAUGUAAAAGGGACUGCUGGAACUCUACAUGCUGAGUCUUGAUUGAUGUCAUAUAUUUGUUAUUAAGUUAUUGGCACCGGAGAAAAAACUAAACGGCGACACGUUUUUUUUUCUGUGCCAAAUCGCGUUUGGGUUUGGUUUGGAUAAACUAUUGGACCGAUGCGGGGAACAACAAAAAAAAAAAAAAAAAAGGAGGGACGACGAGACGGAAACCCCUGAUGUGUGUCGGCCUUCAUGGAGUCGGAGACGAUGGACAGAGUGUGCGUCACCUGCGUGCAUUUGUGCGUGUUUGGUCUGCAGAUGCUUUCUAUUUAUAUCCUACUAACUCAUACGAAGCCUUUCCAACGGACACUGCAGCUCGCUGACGCAGUGGACAGCUAGUUCUACAAACACUGACUGGAAGCGCUCGCUUUAGACACAAGACAGAGGCCUGGAUUCAGCGCGGGGGGAGGGGAGGGGGGUGGGGGGAGGAGGGGAAGUUAGUAAAACUAGCGCCAUAGCAUAAACAAGAACCCUAACAAACUUUAUCAUAACAAGCAAAGCCACUGUAUUAAGAAAAAAAAAUAUCUCAACUUCUUUAUCUGACUGCUUUUAAGAAAAUAAAUUAUUUAUUUUAUGUAAUAUUUAAAGAAAUACAAAGGCAAAAAACAUGAAAUGGACAUUUUUUUUUAUCAUUUACAGUAUGCUCCUCCUUUUAAAAUACUACUCUGUUGGUUAAACAUAAAUAAUAAAAAAUAAAUGAAUAAGUAAA